AAAAAUUUCGGGGUAUUACAUGGUGCCCAAGAGAUUUGAUGGUACCGCGGGUUUUGAGCAGGUGAGGUCGUGGAUUAUCGAGGUGGAGUGGGGAUUCCGCCUACUGAAGAUUUCUAACAACCUUAAGGUCGAUGUAGGCAGCUAUAUGCUUACUGGUGAAGCAUUAACUUGGUGGGAGAAUUAUCUGAAGCUACACCAAGGAGAGCCUGAAUUGAGCACCUGGGAUGGCUUCAAAAAGGUUGGGGAUGAGCUAGCCAAAGCUGAUAAAUUUUUAUGGGGCUUGAAUCCCAAUAUUUAUCUGGCGGUGAAUCAAUUCAAACCUGCCAUUUAUAGAGAGGCUGCGGACAGAGCCAUAGAUCAAGAGAAGGCUAUGGCUAGAGUCAAGUCCUCAGGACAGCACAAUGUUGGGUCAUCCCUUGGUAAGAGAAAAUUUGAUGGGAGCCGUAGGCCCCUUGUCCUUGCAUCGCCUAAGUUUGAGGUCAGCAAGGGUUCUAAAGGGUCAGGAGCUACCAAGACUGUGGGCCAGGCAUCAACAGCCCAACGUGCUCGUCCUACUCAACUUACUUGCCACGUUUGUGGGAAGGUUGGGCACACCCGGGAUCAGUGCCACAUCGUUACUGAGGCUUGCUUCAAAUGUGACAAGCAGGGACAUUGGAUUGCAAAUUGUCCACUGCUAAACCCCAAAGCUCAGACUACCGACGUAAUCACGGGUACCUUGCCUGUUAACUCUGAUUAUACGCAUGUUUUAUUUGAUUCGGGUGCAUCGCACUCUUUUAUUGCUCGAUCUUAUGCUUUGAAACGAGUUUUGCCUGUUGAUACCUCUGAUUGUGAACUGCAUGUGGACAGCUUUUUAGGAGGAGUGAUGACUACUAAGGAGGUGUGUAAGGCUGUGGAUAUGUAUAUUGAUGGUAGACAAUUGAGUGUUAGUCUGAUUGUUUUAGAUAUUUCUGAUUUUGAUAUCAUUUUGGGGAUGGAUUGGUUGUCAAAACAUUUUGCCUCUAUAGACUGCCAUCGGAAAUGGGUAAUUUUUAAUAAUCCUGGUGAGCCAAAAUUUAGUUUGCAAGGCAGUGGUUCUUUUGCUCCACCUAUGCUAAUAUCUGCCUUACAGGCCCAGAAAUAUCUUGUAAAUGGUUGCCAGGGUUUCCUAGUCUCCAUUACUGAUGCUAGUAGUGUGACAUCGAGACUAAAAGACAUACUGGUGGUGCGUGAGUUUCCGGAUGUAUUUUCGGAGGAUCUCCCAGGUUUACCUCCGAAUAGGGAGGUUGAAUUUGCUAUUGACCUUAUUCCUGGCACUGGACCUAUUUCCAAAGCACCAUACCGUAUGGCUCCUGUAGAAUUGAAGGAGUUAAAGAUCCAGCUGGAGGAACUCCUUGAAAAAGGGUUCAUACGCCCUAGUGUGUCACUUUGGGGAGCUCCAGUGUUGUUCGUUAAGAAGAAGGAUGGGAGCAUGAGGCUAUGCAUUGAUUACCGAGAAUUGAAUAAGUUGAAGAUUAAACUGGAUGAUGUGCCAAAGACUGCCUUUCGCUCCCGUUAUGGUCAUUAUGAAUUCAUAGUCAUGCCUUUUGGCUUGACAAAUGCCCCUGCCAUAUUUAUGGAUUUGAUGAAUCGCGUGUUUAGCAAGUACCUAGAUAAGUUUGUGGUUGUCUUCAUUGACGACAUUUUGAUCUACUCUUCUAGCCAUACUCUUCAUGAAAAGCACUUAAGGACAGUUCUCGAGACACUGAGAAGUGAGAGGCUGUUUGCUAAAUUUAAGAAGUGUGAAUUUUGGCUAGAUAAUGUUGCAUUCCUAGGUCACGUUGUGACUAAGGAUGGAAUCUCGGUUGACCCCCAGAAGAUUGAGGCCGUGGUUGAUUGGAAAAGGCCGAAUAGUGUUGUAGAAAUCCGUAGUUUUCUGGGAUUGGUUGGUUAUUACUGCCGAUUUGUGGGGGAUUUCUCUAGAAUUGCUCUGCCAAUGACUCGUCUUAUCAGGAAGGACACCAAGUUUGAGUGGACUCUAGAGUGUGAGAAGAGCUUUUUGACCCUUAAAGAGCAGUUGGUCACUGCUCCUAGGCGAUGGCUUGAACUUUUGAAGGACUAUGACUUGACCAUUAGCUAUCAUCCAAACAAAGUCAACAAAGUAGCAAAUGCGUUGAGUAGGAAGUCCUUUGGCACUGCCUCUGGCAUCCUUGCCACUCAGAAGGAGUUACUUGAGGAUCUUGUGAAACUGGAUGUGGAGUUAAGAGUAGACAGUACUACGGCUUAUCUAGUCGCUCUCAGUGCACAACCAGUAUUUAUAGAUAGAAUUAAACUUGGCCAACAAAAAGAUCCCUUCUUGCAAAAGAUGAAGGAAAAAGUAAGAGCCGAGGAAACCCACAUGCAAGAAUUCAGAAUUUCCGAUGAUGAGACUCUAUGGUUUGGUGACAUGCUGUGUGUACCAAGAGAUCAUGCUUUAAGGCGUGAGAUUAUGGGGGAUGCCCAUUAUACUAGCUAUACAAUUCACCCAGGUAGCACCAAGAUGUAUUGUGAUUUGCGUAGUACAUUUUGGUGGCGGAACAUGAAGAGGGAGAUAGCUAGAUUUGUCUCACAAUGCCUGACUUGCCAAAAAGUCAAGGCUAAACACCAGAGACUUCUUGGGAAACUGCAGCCUUUACCUAUUCUCCAGUGGAAGUGGGAGAACAUCACCAUGGACUUUGUGACGGGCUUACCACGAACCUUAAAAGAUAGAGAUACUAGAUUUUUAUCUCAUUUCUGGACAAGCUUGCAACAAGCACUUGGUACUCAAUUAAAUUUCAGCACGGCCUUCCAUCCUCAAACUGACGGGCAAUCUGAGAGGACUAUUCAGAUACUUGAGAACAUGUUGAGGGCUUGUGUUCUAGAUUGGAAGGGUUCGUGGGAUCAACACUUAUCCAUGGCUGAGUUUGCAUAUAAUAACAGUUAUCAAUCUAGCAUUCGCAUGGCACCGUUUGAGGCUUUGUAUGGUCGAAGGUAUAGAUCACCUGUUUGUUGGAUGGAGGUGGACAAAAGGAGCAUUUUAGGCCUAGAAUUGGUGCAACAAUCUUUUGAGAUUGUGCAGUUGAUUAAGGAACGCCUUCGUGCUGCACAAAGUAGGUUUGGCAUCCGGGGAAAAUUAAGUCCGAGGUAUAUUGGACCAUAUCCUAUUUUAGAAAGGAUUGGCGAGGUAGCUUAUAGAUUGGAGUUGCCUGGAAAUUUAGCAGGUGUUCAUGAUGUGUUUCUCGUGUCCUUACUUCGGAAGUAUGUUCCCGACCCGAGUCACAUCAUUAAUCUUGAACCGAUUCAACUCUGGGAGGAUCUCACUUAUGACGAGCACCCGAUCUGCAUUUUAGAUUUCAAGGAGAGGAUAAUGCGGAGAAGGACCAUUUGUUUUGUUAAGCCAUCACCGACGCCCCCACCUGAGAAAUUGAAAAUUUUCCAGAUCUGCUGUCUUCUUCCUCCUCUGCCGCCGGUUGCUACUGGGUGUGAGCUUCGGUUUUUCCUGUCCCCGUGAAAGCCCUCCAAUUUUUCCGUCACCCUCCCUUGCCGCCAGCUCCAAUUUUGUUUUGCUGAAAAUUUUUGGUAGGUUGGCUUCUCUAAUUUCCAAAAAUUGGUUGAUUAAUUGCUGCCUUGUUAAGUUUAAUUGGUUGUAUGGGUGCUUGGGUUGUCCGAAAAUCUGCUGGAAGUGGGGGAUGAAUUAUGGCAGCCUUGAAAUGAGUUUUAAGUUAAAUUAUGUAGGAAAUCCUUUAAUUGGGCUGCUGUGAUGUUGUAUGAAAGAAAAAAAUAAAUAUCUCUGUGACUU